AUGUACCCACGCAACGAAACACAGUCAAUCUCUCCCGAUCGUGCUCCUAUUUCUGGCCAUUCCAUUGGACGGUCUUCAUCGCAGGAACUCGACCACGAGGUUUCCAGGCUGGAUGGUCUCUUUGAGGCCACUCCCAGGACUCGUAGUCAAGAUUCCAAUUCUGCCCUGAUCGCGGUCUCCGUUGCCGAGGAGGGCGGAGACACUGGCGUCCUCCUCCGCCAACCCUACAGCAGGCAGCUGGCCUCCAGUCCCUACGAAUGUGAGACGUCAGACGGCCAUCGAGCCUUCUUUGCAGUCACCGAGGCGACAAAUGAGGCCGUCAACUCGUGUCUGGCGUUCUCGAGCCCGGGCUCUGCACAGACGAACCGAUCCGGUCUUGGACCGGCUGGUUGCGGUGACAGGCCGAUCGGACGGCCCGAAUGUCGACCCACCGGAUUUGCUUCUGCCACCAGGUACGGUGGCGCGGCCGACUGA